AUGUCAGGAGGACCAGUUCCAGUUUGGAAGAAAUACACAACUAGACCACAAGGUAUCUGGGAAAAAAUAAGACAAUUGUUAGUCUUGGUACCAAAUAGAUCAUCUGGUAAUCCAGUUGUUUCAUUAUUUAGACAAAUCCCACCAGGUGAAAGAAUCCAAGAAGCAAAAGAAUACAAAGAUCCAGUAACUAUACCAGCUGGUGAUAUUAAAGGAAAUCCAUAUUUUAAAAGAGACUAUAGAAGAAACUAUCCACAAGUUCAUACUUUUAACCAAACUAAAAUUUCUGGUUUAUUGAAUUUGGGAUCCGCUGCAAGCCCAAGAAUUUCCAUUGGUGAUAAAGGUAAUAAAGAAUUAGAAGUUUUCACAAAUGGUAAUGAUGUUAGUUUAUCAACUACUUUAAAAUCAGUUCCAGCCAAUGUAGUAAAAGGUGAAAUUUUGGGUAAAUCUGGUGAACCUAUAGUUGCCCCAUCUUUGAAUAAAUUUAAAUGGGAAAUUUUAUCAGAACCUGUCUCAGGUAUGUACACUAGUGAUUACCCAUGUCGUAUUUUCACAGACAAGAAAGUCACCGUUGUUGGUCAACAAGCUGCAUCUCAAUAG